AUACAUGGGGUGUUUAGGACCUAGCUGAGUCACUAAAGAGCCGACAGAGGAAUGGGGGAGGAGUCAGUGAAUGAUUGACGGGACUUCUCAGGGCAGAGUGGAGUGGUUGAGUAAACGGUAAACUCUUUAGCGAGCUACAGCUAUACUACCGAGUGUCACUGUGACUAUUCCAAAAAAUAAAUGUAUCUUGGUUUGUUCUUGUCGUUUGGACAUCAUUAAUAGUGAGUGCGACGGGAAAACAAUGCAUAUUGAUCCUUAAUUUUUCGCAUCCUUAUCGUUCGACCAGAGCUGAUAAUGCUUAAAAUGAAGCUGCCCCUAAGAACGGCGGAGGAGGGCGACGAUACGGCCGAGGACGAGCAAGAGCAAACUAAACAUAUUCCAAGGUCUGUCUCUCCUUCGGCUUCUGAGAGACAUCACGGAUGUUCUGGAGAAGGAUAUCCUUUUCGACUGAGCAAGGAAACUGUGUUCGAAUGGUUUGGCUUACAUCUCAACUCUGCUAAGCGUAUUGAGUUCAUGUAUGGAUUGCUACAUAUGUGCCAGCCUCUGGAGCUCCGCUUUUUGGGAUCCUGCCUAGAGGACUUGGCAAGGAAAGACUAUUACGUUCUUCGGGACUGCGAGAUAAGAGCAAACAGUCCAAGUGAUAUGGGGCUUUUGUCAGAUGUGAUCGACCCUGUCGUGAGGUCCAAACUGCUGGUCUGCUUGUCUCUCUUGGGAUCUGACAAUAGGGAAUGUGCGGGGAUACUAUUUCGCAUUUUGAGCCAUGUGGAUCCCGCCUUGUACUACAAAAACUAUGGCCUUCCUAUUUCUUCCUUUCGGGACCCACCGUUUUUACCCUUCCAUCCUCAGUGUGGGGAUGGGGAUGAGUACGGGAGAUCGGAGCAGGGUUGCAGGCCGCUUAUGGAGACCGGGGCCGGACUCUUAGAGCAACUGGCAUUGCUUUUCACUAUGGCUUCGUUACACCCUGCUUUUCCUUUUCACCAGAGGGAGACACUACGCGAGCAACUGGAAAAAGUGGAACUUGCGAUUGAAGAGCAAACUAAACUUCAUACUAAACCAUCCUCCAGUACCCAGAACAAGACACUAAAGUCAGAGUACCUUUCCCCAAUCACAGAAGCUGGCGGGAGUGAGCGGGGGCAACCGCACCUAACCCCCCAGUCACCCCCCAGGAGAACACAGAGAGAAGCUGUUCAUAUAGAGAAAAUCGUACUGAAAGGCAUCUCACGGACCAAGACUGACAGGGAAUACAAUUUUGAGGUCAAGUGGUCAGACUCGACAUCAAGCAAUGUAACGAAAACUCACCUGGAGCUGGAAAACUUCUUGUUAAAGCUUCCAAAGGAGCAGUCCACUGAGUCCUUCGAGAGGGGCAUUCUGCGUCUGCUCAAUCGGGGGGAGAAGCACGAGCAGCGGGAGGUGGAGAGGAACCUCAGGGAGAAGUUCAUGUCUGCGCCUUCUGCGUUCCGUCAGACAGGCAAGGUGUGUGGGUUCUUCCUCACCGACUCGUCUUCUUCCCGCAACAGUUGCAGCAAAUGUAGCCCUGUUCUGUUAGGAAAGGCCUUGAAAGAGGACUGCUCGGAGGCUUCCAGCCAAGAGGAAGAUUCAGAGCCUUACGUCCAGGGUCACCGAAAGAAGCCCAGCGGCAAGAGCCCCAGCCUCAGUGUGCCUAACUCGCGGCCGGUGCAGUGUGACGGCCGACGGCAGCAGCAGCAGCAACAGCAGCAGCAGCAGCAACCCAGCACUGAGCACAACGGCCUGCCUGAGUGGAGGAGAAAGACUAGCAGUGGCGGCACCCCUAAACCUGAGCCUGCAGAGCAUGCAGACGACAGGCGGAGCUCCAGCACUAAGACGAAGUCCAAAGCACCCCCUUCUGUCAGACUACAAAGAUCUAAACCCAGUUUAUUAUUAUGCAGAGCAAUAAUGCUAGAAUUCUCUAUGUGUAUGUGGAGUCUGUUUUGGAAAUGUGAAAGAGUGUGUCUAAUGUUUGUCCACGGCGGUACACCGGAGAAGAGUUUAAGACAUGCAGCCGACCAAUCUGAAGUUUCUUUUCCGAUCAGGGAGAAGGGGAAGAAAGGCGAGGGACGGGCGGCAAUUGUGGCCAAUGGCAUCACGCCAUCUCCAACCUCCCCGAGGGGACACUCGUCCGAGGGGAAAGAUGUGUGCGCAGACUUGUACCCGGGGCAGGACACGUACGGAGAGACGUCGUCUGAGAGCUACAGCUCCCCUCCCAGUCCCCAGCAUGGUGGCCACGAGAGCCUGGACAGCGAGGACGAGAAAGACAAAGACACGGACAGCUACUCGGAUGACUGUGGCAAGGCUGGCGUGGAGCCGUUCCUCCCGCUGAAGGGCUCGGGCCUCUCGCCAGUGGCCCCCGUGCACCCGCUGGUCGUGGGCAAGCAGGCGCGGCGAGGGGCGGCCCUGCGCCCCGACAGCCCCCUGGCGGCCGUGGAGUUCCCCCCGAUGCCUUUCGCCGUGCACCCGGUGUCCUACAUGUUCCAGAACGGGUCGGAGGCCGCCGCUCCCCCCGCCGUGCCCACCCUGGCCACGGACGCCAAGGGCUUGAUGUUGCCCCUGCCAGUGAUGCUGCCCGGCUCGGCCAUGGCCCCACAGGCCCCCCCAGUCCGGCGAGGUGCCGCCAGACACGUCCCUCAGCCACACGAGCCUGGGCUUGCCCGCGGGUCUGGGAAGCCCCUGGCUGCAGCCCCUGGUGCAGCGCUUCAAGACGGCCGGGCCCCAGACGGGAUCCGAGAGCGGCUCAGGGGCCCCGGUGUCCCAUCAUCCCCCGGUGGGUGCCAUCAGCAUCAACCCAGCCGCCCCCACCACGUACACGUCGCCCCUCCAGCCGGCUUACCCCGGCACCCUCCCCCGACCCCCACGCCAAGCCCCCAGGCAUGGGCCUCCCCUCGGGCCUGCCGCCAUCUUACAGCCUCCCCAUCCCCACCCCCCAUUAUGCCUAGCAUAGGGGCCGGUGCUGUGGUGAGUCCACAGAAUGCCUCAGCCAAUCAGGUGCCGGCGGUGGUCCCCACCCACACCCCUGGACCUGCCCCAAGCCCGAGCCCCGCCCUAACGCACAGCAUGGCACAGAGUGACAGCACCUCGUACAUCAACAGCAGCACCUGUGGUGGCAACAGCCUCGCCCAGCAUCAACAACAGCCAUUACCACCACCGCAACAGCAGCACGGCCCUCCUCACCCACAGCAGCAACAGCCUAUGGGCUGCGGCGCUUGCGGUUGCCGUGGCAGCUGUGGCGGCGGCAGCGGCGGCGGUGGUGGUGGUGGUGGUGGUGGUGGUGGUGGUGGCGGCGGCCACGUGUCCAGUUACUACUUCCACCAGAUGGCGCCGGCGAGGCAGGUGUUCCAGCAGAUGCCGCACAUCUUCCCACUCUCCUCCCUCUGCAGCAGCAGCUACCUCAGCCAGGGGGCGCCACAGGGUAGCAGCACCACGCAGUUGCCCUUCUUCCCGCAGGGCGUCGCCACUGCCACCUACCCGGGCGGAGCGCUCCUGCACACACACACGCACGCCCACACGCACGGCCACGGCCACACACACUCGGAGCACGUGUUGGGUGGACAGGCCGCGGCUGUGGCCAGCUACGGGUUCCAGCAGAUGGCGGCCUUCAGGGGCUUCUACCCGCAGGUGUACCCAACCACCAUGGGCCCCAUGCAGGGUGCCGGCGUGGCCAUGGCGGGCGUGGGGGGCAUCAACAAGAAGAAUGGCAACAUCUCCUGCUACAACUGCGGCACCACCGGGCACAUUGCACAGGACUGCAAGCAGCCCUCCAUUGACGCCACACAGCAAGGUGGUUUCCGGCUAAAGUACGUCGCCUCUCACAAUUCUGAAGCACUAGACAACACGGAAGGAUGAGUCGCUGCACCCACCAAACAUCUCCUGUUCGACGUUGGCAAUCCACCCGUAAACACUAUAUUAGGAGGGUGGGGGUGUCGUCUGAGCUCUUCAUCUCACUGCCACUCCUGUCCCACCAUUUCACCUUUGCAUUUCUUCAGGUGUGACUAAAGACUUGGCAAGCGUGAAUAAUUGUGCCUCCUUGUUUGUAGAGAGAGAGAGAAGCUGUCUUGCUUCAUGUAGGGACUCUUUCCAAGUGGCUUCUGGUAUUUUGCACUGAAGACUCGCCCCAAGACAGCGGCUUAUGUUUACUAAUUUAUUUUUUAAAGAUGUUUAAAAAAGAAAAUAACAAAAGGCAUAUGUGUCUCCUACGAGUAUGAAAGGUUUUUGAAAUGAUUUGUUCAUUGAUUUAAAAGAGGGGAUCCAUAGUGGUCUAAGUCAAGGGUUUCUUACCUUUUUUACAAUUGUAUAUUUAUGCUCUGGAAAAGAAAACUGUGUUUGGUUCAUUUUUAUUAUUGUUGUUGAUGUUGAAUUAUACAGUAAAGAAAAUACAACAAAAAAGGGGGAAAUAGAAU